CAAAACAUAGGUUCAUUCAGUCGAGUUAUACUAUUGUUUUAAUGUAAUAUGAAAAGAUAUGUAUAUACUUUAUAUUGGUCUUACUCAUCAGCUAGUGAAUCAUGUUAUUGACCAACCGUGGGAAAAUAAGCAAGAUAUAAGCAUAUAAAGGUUUAUAUUAAAAAAAUAAAAACGGAAUAAAGUGAAUAUUAUCAUACGUUAUACCUUAUUGGGAGAAGAAUUUGGGUUUGAGAAGCUGAAGGAAUUCAACAUAAAAUGGCACCAAGGGAAGGAGACCCGACUAACCCUAAAGCACAGCAGUCUUCGGAACAAACAACGCCUGGAUAUAAUCCCUCUGAUCAACAACAGUACCCUCAAGGAGGCCCAUUUGGACAGUACGAAGCACCUGCACAAUUUGGGGACUAUCCCGCACCGCCGCAAACACCAGGGGGUGUGACACAAAAUACCAACCCUCCCGAGGGAACAACGAUUGACAUUUCUGACAACAGUCCGUCAGGCGUAACGUUUCAAGCAACACGAGAAGAGGUGAUCACAACGAGAUCGUUAUCCACUGAUCAGGUGGAUCCCGUUUCUAAAACAAAGGAGGCAUUUGACACUGAAUAUAUGAAGAGUGUCCCAGCUUUGUUUAAAUAUUUUGAACUGUUUUUUACCCUCCUGGCCUUCAUCAUCGUUGAGAGCUCUGAUGAAUCCAAAUUGAUAUGGUGUGCAAAUGUAACGCAUUACAUCCACUCGCUACGCUUCUUCAAGUUUGUUACCCUCUCUUUCUGGUUCGUCUGUAUAGCGAUAUUCAUCGUGCACACAUUUAGCUUGUUCAGCCUACACUGGAGGCUCCAGCCUCUCGCUACAAGCCUUAAUGAGUUGAUUGUCCAUGGCAUCUAUUGCUUCAUCUACCUGAUUGCAGCAUCCGUUUUUGCAGGUUCCAACCGAGGAUACAACUGCGCCUCGGGAGCGUUCAACGGUGCAUGUGUAUUCGGUUUUUUCACAUUCUUCACGUUGCUAGGAGACACUCUUUAUUGGGCGAGGAUCGUACUGUUGGAGAAGGGAAUAUUAAUGGGAGAUCCAAGCAUCCACAUUUUGGCAAUGCCGCCUGUAUUCUUCCGCCAAAAUAGUCCAACGGCGAAUUCCGCGCCAUUUCAUAAUAUAGAGGCGCCAUCAGCGGGCCAUUCCGAGUUACAACCUGGGAGUAAGGGUGGUUACAAUAUGUCACAAGAAAGUUUUCAUUCAACCAAUCCAGUGAAUGUUUCGAUGGAACAAUCAGAAAAGACAAACAAUUAGCAAUUAUGCAAUACCA